GCUUGGAUAAAAAAGGGCGAAGGCUUCAAGAUCUGCUGCCCCGAAUCCGGAUGCCCGCCUAUCAGUGUCACCGUCGGUAGGGUAUGUGGUAUGGAUUAUAUCGCCAUACAAUGGAAUACAGCACUUGAUGACGCCUCAAGAUCGAGCACUUUCGAGGAUCGCUGUUUUGCACGGCUACAUGCAAUGCAUCGAUCAUUUCCGGCACUAUUUUGUCCUCACUUACAAACUACACCAGGGAGUUUAUCCUAUCAUCGAACACGCGACCACAAAAACAUGGAUGGAAAAUGGGCCUGGUAUUGCGCGACGUGCUUUACUCGCAUUACGUGUGACUCGAGCGCUGAGGAUGCCAAACAAAUUUCUUCAUGUUGUAUUAUGCAACUACCAUACGAUGAUGAAAAAAAGAUGUCGACAUGGGUCAGAGCACUCGACCCAGAGAGCUAUGGUCACUUCAGCGAUCAAGACACUAAGCAUAUUACAUGGUGCGAUGAUCGCUUCUGUAUCACAACGCGUGAACUGCGGCAAUUUUCAGAAUUAAUAUCACCGACAAUGAAGAAUCUCUGGCCGCCCUUCCGAGAUGGAAGUGGAAGGGCGAUACGAUUUCUGGAGACGCAUGUUACUCAAAGUAUUGCUCGGGGUAAUUCGAUACUUGAGAUAUUAUGAAUGAAUAAAGU